UGGGCGGCGAACAUGGAUGGGCGGCGGACAUGGAUGGGGUGGCGGCAUGAAGUUGCUGGAAGUGAAGGUGGAGGCAGGUUGGGUUGGAGGAGAAGGGGGGUUGUGGGUGAAUUUAGUGAUAUACUUUUUAGUGUUUAGUGAUAAUCCAGCUGGGUUUCUAGUUUCUAGGAUAAGGAAGUUUCUAGUGGAGCAUGACUCUAUAUAUAUAUAUAUAUUACUCCCUCUAUCCCUUUUUACAUGUCUAUUUUGACCAGUCAAAUUACCUAUAUUUUAACUAUAAUUUACAUACAUCAUAUUCAGUGUUAUUAAAAGCGCGCUUAUGCGCGCGCAUAAGCGAGAAGCGCGCUUAUGCGCAGCUUAUGCGCAUCGCUUAGUAUAUGCGAUGCGAGUUCAAUGAUGCGAGCGCUUUUCUGCGCUUCCAGGGAUUAAGCGAGAUGCGAGAAGCGCAAAAAAAGCGCGCUUUUGUGUAAUAGUUGACUGGGCUGUUGACUAGCUUAACUGGGCCAUUGACUAAGCUUUUUAAAUAGACAUGGGUCAUAAAAAAACCCUAAAAGCACUGCUCAGCGGCCGAGAAACAAAGAUACCUAGGGCAAAUUUACUUCUUUCUUCCUCUGGAUCUCUCUGAUUUCAGCAAGAUGAGUGAUAAAUCAAAGGAUGUUGCCUGGAAAUAUUCUGCUACAGUAGUGGAAGGGAACAGCGUUCGACUCCGUUGUAAUUUUUGUGGCAAAGUUACAACGGGUGGAGUAUUUAGAAUGAAAGAGCAUCUCAUGGGAGGGAGAAGAAAUGCUAAAGGUUGCACAAAAGUAUCUGAAGAAGUCAGGCAGGAAGUGAUAGCUUUCAUGGAAUCAAAAAAAAAAUCAAAAGAUACUAUGAAUUUAGAUGAUUUUGAACCUGAAUUUUCUGAUGAUGAUGGUGAAACAGGAUGUCCUACACAGCCUCGAGGCCAUCAUCCAUCUGCUCAACCAUCUGCUGGGAGUUCUACAAAAAUGAAGGUUAAGGGUCCUAUGGAUCUUUACAUGACACCUGAUCCGGAGCUUGUAGUGAAGAAAAGAAAGGGAGUGCAACCAAGGAUAGAUGAAAAUGACACAGCAAGAAAGGAGUUAAGAAAGAGGGCCUGUAAAGCAUUUGCCAGGUGGAUGUAUGAUGCUGGAAUUCCAUUUAAUGCUGUUAAUUAUCCGAGUUUUCCGGUGUACGUUGAAGCUCAAGGGCAGUAUGGAGCGGGAAUGAAGCCACCUAGCUACCAUGAAGUACGAGUUCCAUUAUUGAAAGACGAGGUUGAGGAGACACGAACUUUGAUGAAAUUACAUGAAGAGUGGGUGAGGAGUGGUUGUUCUAUCAUGUAUGAUGGAUGGGAAGAUCGGAAGAAGCGAACUCUUAUCAAUUUCUUAGUUAACACUCCGCGAGGUAGCUUUUUUCUUGAAUCUGUUGAUGCAUCUGCUGUUGCAAAGACAGCUGAUUUGUUAUUUGAGUUGAUUUCCAAGUUCGUCGAGAGGAUUGGGCCGCAAUAUGUCGUUCAAGUUGUCACGGAUAGCGCUUCUAAUAACAAGGCAGCAGGUAGGAUGUUGACAAUACGAUAUCCUCAUUUGUUCUGGACACCUUGUGCAGCACACUGUAUUGAUCUCAUCUUGGAAGACAUUUUCACCAUUCCAAGGUUUAAAAACUGCAUCAAUAAUGCUAUGGCUUUGAACUCCUUUAUAUACUCAAAGUGUGGGAUGGUGAAUAUGCUAAGAGAGUUCACUUCACACAAAGAGUUAGUUAGGCCAGCAAAGACACGAUUUGCCACUGCCUUUCUCACUUUGUCUAGGAUCUGUAAGCAAAAGGCAAAUCUUUUUCGGAUGUUCACUUCACAAAGAUGGAUUACCAGCCCCUAUUACAAGGAACCGAAUGGAAAGAAAAUUGCUAGUAUCGUGAUGAUGCCUAGUUUUUGGAAUAGUGUCGUUCGUUCAUGUAAAGUGGCUGGUCCUCUUGUAGGUGUUCUUCGGUUGGUUGAUGGAGAGAAUAGACCACCUAUGGGCUACAUAUACGAGGCUAUGGAUAGAGCCAAAGAGGCAAUUGCAGCUGCUUUUAACAAAAAUGAGGCGAGAUACCAAGAAUAUUAUGACAUUAUUGACAAUAGAUGGGAUAUUCAAUUGCAUCAGCCUUUACACGCUGCUGGCUACUAUCUUAAUCCGGAAUUUUAUUACAAAAAUCCCGAGAUUGAGAAGGAUAAAGAGGUCUCAGUUGGAUUGUACAAAUGCAUUGAACGAAUGAUUGCAGAUGUCUCGGUGCAAGAUAAAAUCGGAGAGCAAUUGGAGAUAUACAAGAGAGCAGAAGGAUUGUUUGGCUUGCCAAUGGCUAUUAGACAACGAACAACUAAAUCCCCAGCUGCCUGGUGGGGUGCUUAUGGAAAACACACUCCGGAUUUGCAAACUUUUGCGAUUCGGAUCCUUAGUCUCACAUGUAGCUCAUCCGGAUGCGAGAGGAAUUGGAGUGUAUUUGAGCAUCUUCAUAGCAAAAAAAAGGAACCGACUUGAACAACAAAAGUUGAAUGAUUUGGUGUUUGUCAAGUACAAUAGAGCUUUGAAGCAUAGAUAUGAACUUCGUAACAUCAUUGAUCCUAUCUCAUUAAAUGAAAUUGAUGAAAGCAAUGAAUGGCUGGUUGGAAGUUUUGACAAAGAUGGUGAAAAUAAUGAGAAUGAGUAUGUUUUUUCCGAAGAGGAUGGAUUAACAUACAAAGAUGUUGAAAUUGCCUCCGGAGCCGGAGAGGCUCGUUACUCUACUAGGUCGCGUGCCUUGGUGGGAUCCUCAAAAGGGAAACAUACUACUUUGGGAUCAUCAUCUAAAAGACGUUUGAUUGAUGAAGCAAUCGUUGAGAAUGAGGACGAGGAUGAAGAAGAAAUUUAAUUUGUUGAAGAUCCAAAUCAAAAUAGUGAAGAAGAAGAUGAUUUUGUGAAUAUUGAUGAAGAUGAAGAAGAUGAUUAGUGAUUUAGUGGAUAAUUUCACAUUUAUUUGCCACUCUGCCUUUAGACUUUAAACUAUUCUAGGCUUUAAAUUUUUGUAUCCUGCUUGCAUUAUGAUUUUUGAUAACUGACUUUUGUUUAUUAAUGUUUUAUUAUCUAUAAGUAUAUAAUGUU